UCCAUCAACGGCGGGUCGAUCUGAUUUCGCGAAAUUUAAAUUUUACGAUCUUUUUCUUUUAUCACAAAAAAGUGUGUUGUUAUUUAGAAAAAUAUUUUUAAACGUUAUUGGUUAAUUGUGUUUGUUAUAGAGAAGAGUUUUGUGAAGUGUUGAUUAAAGAAUUAGGUGAAAUAGACUUUUGUUCGUGUACCCCUAAAUGGAUCGAUAAAAACUAUGAAUUUAUUUUUUAUGUGAUUUUAAAAAGGUAACAGAAGAUGGAAAAAUCAGCUCGACCACGAACGGCUCUGAAUGAGUGUGUUAGAGUGGUCGUUAGGUGCAGACCCUUGUCAGAACGAGAAAAGAAAGAAUGUUACGAGGAGGUGAAGAAAUUGCGCACCGAAAAGAAAUGGUUCGAGCGCUUGUCUACAAAGAGUCCCAAGGAGAAGAAGAAUGGCUUUGAUGGUCCUAUGCAGGUGGUGAAGGUGUGGCCGGAGCGCGGCGCCGUGCAGGUGUACAACCCCAAGGGGGAGGACAAGCUGUUCACGUACGACGCGGCUUACGACUGUAACGCCGACACCAAGACCAUGUACGACGAGAUGGUGAGACCGUUGGUAGCCUCUGUUCUCGAUGGCUUCAACGGCUGCGUGUUCGCGUACGGCCAAACGGGCACAGGCAAGACUCACACGAUGGAGGGGAGCCCGGACGACGAGGGCAUCAUCCCGCGUGCCUUCCACCACAUCUGGGCGCAUAUCGAGAACACGGCCAGCCCCGAUGUUACACACCUCGUGUCCUGCUCCUACGUGGAGCUCUACUUGGAGGAUGUCAGGGAUCUGCUGGCCAAGGAGUGCAAGAAGCUUACCAUUAGGGGUCAGGAGCUGAACGGAUUCUACAUUCCGGAGAUGACGUCGAUCGUGUGCAAGUCUGCGGCGGAGAUGGUGAGGGUGAUGCGAGCUGGCAACCGGAACCGGGCGGCCGGCCGGACUGACAUGAACGAGCACUCCUCGCGCAGCCACGCCGUCUUCCUGGUCACCGUCGAGACCGCGCACCGGGAUAGCAACCGGAUACGAGUGGGCAAGCUGAACCUAGUGGAUCUGGCCGGCAGCGAGCGGCAGCGUAAGACCAACGCGUCCGCAGACCGACUCCGGGAGGCCUCUCGGAUCAACCAGGCGCUGUCCUCCCUCGGGAACGUCAUCUCCGCGCUGGCCGAGAACAGCCCCCAUGUACCAUACAGAGAUUCGAAGCUGACGCGUAUUCUUCAGGACUCACUAGGCGGCAAUAGCAAGACUAUUAUGAUAGCGAAUAUCGGACCCGCCGCAUACAACUACGACGAAACCGUCACGACGCUGCGAUACGCACACCGAGCCAAAGCAAUAAAGAACAAACCAGUUCGCAAUGAAGAUCCAAAAGACGCAAAAUUACGGGAGUUCCAGGCUGAGAUUGAGAGAUUACGAUCCCUCAUCGAGCAGAGAAAAGCCAUCGAAAAGAGGAAGAAACCCCCCAAGAUACGCACCAAGACCACUCCACAAGACUCCGAAGAAGAGACUGUUAGCAUAGAGAAUGAGCACAUACUUGCCGAAUCCACGAUAGAACAAGAGAAAACAAAAACCGAAGAGUUAGAAAUACAAAUCAGAUCUAUAGAAGAGAGACUUGUCCAAGGCGGUGGGGGGAAAGAUCUCCUGAACAACCUAAACGAGAGUCAAGUGAUACUGCAACAGAGACACAUGGAGAUUGCUGAGAGGAAAAAGAGGGAAAUCGAAAUGCAGCAGAAGAUUGACUUGGAGGAAGAAACCACAGCGAUUGUAACGAACACUUUUACCACGUUGCAACAAGAGGUCGAUCAUAAGACUCAAAGAUUAAAACGCUGCUUACAAAAGUACACGUCUCUGCGCGAAGAGAUGGUCGAGCAGCGCGAGGCACAUGACUCGGAGCGGCGCGAGCACGAAGCGCUGCAGGCGGCGCUGAUCGCGGAGCUGCGGCGGAGACUGUUGCUGGCUGACAGCUUCGUGCCCGACGCCGGCCGCCCCGUCGUGCUGCGGCUGCGGUACAACGACGACGCGGACGCCUGGGAGCGACCGCCCAGCGGUGCUGAGCCGCUGCGGAUGCGGCCCGUAUCGUCAGCGGGGUGUCGCCGCGCGGCCUGCUCCACGGCGGGCGGGGAGCCCCGGCGCCGCGCCGACAACCUUCUGGACCUUCGCCCCAUUCCGUUACCCUCCACAGUGCGUCACUACCCGCCCACGCCCUCACCACAAGCGCCGCCUCCUCAAAAGGUACAAGAAGUGCCGCGGGAAGUGAAGAAGGAAGCGGCGCCAGAUCGGGGCGCGGGGAGGGUGAGUGCGCGACCCCGGCCCCGCACGCGGCCCGCCUCCGCUCUACACCGGCUCGGUACUGCGGGGGUGCGGUAGGGACCAACACACACACACUCACCACUUCGUUAUCAAGAGACAAAAGGAACGCUAACCACCCGCGAAUGACAGCAUUUACUUGACAUAUCCCUGUCAAUGUCAUGUCAUUUUUGUACUUUAGUGGUCCUCUGUCAAGAUUGUGUACAAGCAGUACAUACAAUAACACACACAUGCCGUUCCGUCCACCGAUAAUAUCGUGAUUAUAAUUAUAUAUGAAAUAAAAAAUAAUUAAAUAAUAAAUGAAUCCAAACUGUUGCACAAUGUUAUAGCGAUAAUUUUGUUUUAGUAAAAAAAACUUUUUAAAUGAAGUUGAUGGAAUAUGAAUUCAAUAAGUUGUAAAUUGUUCAAUGUGUAUUGUUAUAUCUGAAAAAAAAAUUGCAGUGACGAUGCAUUUAUAAUAAUAACUGUAACGGAACGGUUGUGUUAAAGAAUUGUAUUACCUAGAACAUAAUGAGCUCUACGUUCGAAUGUGUGUCUAUGGCUCGAUACAAAAUCAUUUUGUGUCGACAGCCACGCAAGCGCCGGAUGUAUUCGAUAUUUUUAUACGAACUGAAAAUUCGAGCGAAACGCUUAGCUUCGAUCACCCGACAUUUAGUAUUAGUUAAUAAAACGCAUCUAUACGCUUUGCUCACGAGCUGCCAUUCAUGCUCAUUCAUAUUAGGAAUUAGGCACCGUGUAGCGGUAUUAUUGUUAUACCAUGAAGAUUAUUUUUCAUAAACGGUGUCGCUUGAUAAUGGUAUGAAUAUUGAGACCACAUAUAACGUCUCCAUGUCAAUGUAACUUCACUGCGAGCUAAAGCAGACGAUACAUCAGCUUCGCAACUUGUUAUAAGCUGAGGAUUCCAUCAAGCAAACCUCGCAAUGCAACGUAUAAUAGAUAACUAGGUACUAUAUUGUAAGUAAUUAUUAAAUUGUCGUCAUAAAUUCCAUUGCGAGUUGUUAAAAAACCGCUAGUGACGACUUUGAUCUCAGCCAUUCUAAUUUCCAGUAUUUAUAACUCAAAGUUGUUUGAUUGUUUAAUAUUUUACUGCGGCAACCACUGUUGGGGGCUUGCUACAUCCUGUCGACUAGCGGCUUUACGUUACAGCCACAAGUUGGACUGUGUGUAGUAGGCUUAAGUUUUAUUUAUCGAUUUUACCAUAAUUGAACCGAAUUUUCUUAUUUAGUGUUGUAAUUAUUUCGAUUAUAUUUUACUGUUGUUAUUUUUAGUAAAUUUUAUUUAUUGCUUUGAACGUUAUGUUUAUUGCGGGUGAUAUUAGUUAUAUUGUAUUUACCGUACCACCAGAUACGUGAACAUGAAGUUUUCUGAGAAAUUAUGAAAUAAAAUAAACAUAACAGAAUCAUGUCGCAUAUUGCGAUCAAUAGAAUUAUAUAAUAUAUAUAUUGUGUUACCAAAGAUGGAGACAGCCCAUUCCACGUGUUCGUAUUGUCAAUGCAGUUCCUCAAUAAUUCGGUAUUUUAUUAAUUCACACACAGUUUCUAGUCAAAAGAUGUCUUGUAUACAAAGCUAAUGUAAAUAAAUAGGUAUUGAAAAAAUAUUUAUGUAGUUAGAAUAGGUUUCGCACAAUAUUAUGAUGGAAUACGAUAAGAAAACCUGUUUUGUGAAAAAUUCGUGAGAUACAUGAGUACCUCGCCCUCUGGCGAUUAAAUUUGAGCAUUCGUUUAAUUAAUAAAAUAAUAUGGUAUCGUUUGGCUUGAAUGUCCUUAAUUCUUAUAAGUCGGCAUUAAGAGAUUUAUAAAUAUUAAUUUCUGUGAAGGAAGGAAGCGCGUGCAAUUUCUCAAAUAGAAGAAACGUCUAGUGUAUGGUGGGCUUUACAGAUCUUAAUUUAAUAAUUUCUUAAUGCUUGAAGCUAAAUUUAAAACAUGAAACUUGAAUGAAUGCUCAAAAUUAUUGGCACUAAUAUUGCGCAUUUUUUUUGUAUUUAUAAAUUGGUUUUGUAAUAAAGUAUUCGUCUGAAAUGAAAUCAUGUGAUAUGUAUUCGGAAGAAGCUAGUCAGUUGUGCCGCGACCGCUUAUACUCAUUAUUAAAAUAUUUUUAACUGUGAA